GUGGAUUUUCCGGACACGUUCAUUGUUGCAUCAGAUACCGGGGAAACCGAAAGAUAUGGCAGGUGACCAAGCUUUUGAUUGUGGCUUCUUACUGCGCAUAAGUGAGGACGGCCGCAGGGCCGAGGCGUUGAACGAGUACCUGAGCAGCCGCAGUUACCUGGCAGGCUACGGGCCCUCGCAGGCGGACGCGGACGCGUUUGUGCUUUUUCGCGGUUCGCCGCCUCCGUCGCAGCAUGUUCACGCUCUUCGCUGGUACAGGCACAUAGCCACACUGCAGCCUCGAACCGACGGCCAGGCUUCAGACACCACGAAAGGAAAGAGGGUGCAGCCGCCCUGGUCUCCACCAGAUGGAACUGAACUCCCAAAUCUCAGACUUUACAACAGCCUGACUCGGACCAAGGAGCUGUUUGUUCCUCAGCAUGGGAAAAAGGUUCUGUGGUACUGCUGCGGCCCCACCGUCUACGACGCUUCCCACAUGGGUCAUGCCAGGUCCUACAUUUCCUUCGACAUCCUAAGAAGAAUACUGAAGGACUAUUUCAAAUACGACGUCUUCUACUGCAUGAACAUUACAGACAUCGACGACAAAAUCAUUAAACGAGCCAGACAGAAUCACCUGCUGGAGCAGUACCGAGCUAAAAAGCCCAACGCCUCUCAGAUCCUGCAGGACGUCUUAACGGCUAGAGAGCCCUUUAAAGUCAAACUCGCAGAAACCACAGACCCUGAUAAAAAGCAGAUGUUGGAGAGACUGGAUGCGGCAGUGACGGAUGCCCUGACUCCACUACAGGGAUCGAUGAAGAGCGGAGCUAAGGAUGCUACCAUUCAGAGCCGGGCUGAGGUUUUAUUGGAAGAGUCCAAGGACCUUUUAUCUGAUUGGUUGGAUUCCCAGUUCGGCAGCCAAGUAACGGAAAACUCGAUAUUCUCUCUGUUACCGAAAUACUGGGAAGGCGAGUAUCACAAAGACAUGGACGCCCUCAAUGUUCUUCCACCUGAUGUUCUCACUCGGGUCAGCGAAUACGUUCCAGAGAUUGUGGAGUUUGUUAAGAAGAUAGUAGACAAUGGAUACGGUUAUGAGUCCAACGGCUCUGUGUAUUUCGACACCGCCAAGUUCGAUGCUAGUUCACGACAUUCGUAUGCUAAACUGGUGCCAGAAGCAGUGGGUGACCAGAAGGCUCUGCAGGAGGGAGAAGGAGACUUAAGUAUCUCAGCAGACCGGCUGAGUGAGAAGCGCUCACAGAACGAUUUUGCCCUGUGGAAAGCCUCUAAACCCGGAGAGCCGUCAUGGGAGUCUCCCUGGGGGAAGGGACGACCCGGUUGGCACAUCGAGUGCUCGGCCAUGGCCGGCUCCAUCUUAGGUGCGUCCAUGGACAUUCAUGGAGGAGGGUUCGACUUGCGUUUCCCUCACCAUGACAACGAGCUGGCGCAGUCCGAGGCCUACUUCGACAAUGACCACUGGGUGCGGUAUUUUUUGCACACGGGCCACCUUACUAUCGCUGGCUGCAAGAUGUCAAAAUCACUGAAAAACUUCAUCACCAUCAAAGAUGCCCUGGCGAAACACACAGCAAGGCAACUGCGCCUGGCUUUCCUCAUGCACUCGUGGAAGGACACACUGGAUUACUCCUCCAACACCAUGGAGUCUGCCAUUCAGUACGAGAAGUUCAUGAACGAGUUCUUCCUGAACGUGAAGGAUAUCCUUAGGACUCCAACUGACAUCACGGGUCGAUAUGAGAGAUGGGAGGUUGAGGAGCUCGACCUGAACAAAAGUUUCUAUGAGAAGAAAGAGAGCGUCCACGAGGCUCUGUGUGACAAUAUCGACACACGGACGGCGUUGGAGGAGAUGAGGGCUCUGGUGGGUCAGAGCAACACGUACAUGGCUGCCAGGAAAAGUGCCAAACUGCUGCCGAACCGCAUGCUACUGGAGAGCAUCGCUCACUACCUCACAGACAUGUUCAAGACUUUUGGGGCAAUCGAGGGAAUAGAACCCAUUGGAUUUCCUGUUGGAGGAAAUGACCACAAUGUGGAUCUGGAGAGUACAGUCAUGCCUUAUUUAAAGGUACUCUCAGACUUCAGGGAGGGAGUCAGAAAAAUUGCAAGGGAACAAAAAGUGACGGAAGUACUGCAGCUGUGUGAUGGAGUCCGAGAUGACAUCCUGCCUGAGCUUGGAGUGCGCUUAGAAGAUCACGAAGGACUCCGGACUGUGGUGAAAUUAGUGGACAGAGAGACUCUUCUCAAGGAGAGAGAGGAGAAGAAAAAGAUGGAGGAGGAGAAGAGAAAGAAGAAAGAGGAGGCGGCCAGAAAGAAACAGGAACAAGAGAUGGCUAAACUGGCAAAGAGUAAGGUUCCACCUAAUGAGAUGUUCCGCUCAGAAACCGACAAAUACUCCAGUUUCGACGACACGGGUUUCCCGACACAUGACGCAGAAGGGAAGGAGCUCAGCAAGGGACAAAUCAAAAAGCUUCGCAAGCUGUAUGAAGCUCAGGAAAAGAUUCACAAUGAGUACCUCCUGUCAACCAAAACAGAAGCUUGAAGUGUUAAAUGAUGGAAUAAGAGGACAGAAAUAAUUCUGAACCUUUUUUGAUUAAAAAAAAGGUAUAUGUAACAUGUCCUUACUUCCCAAAUCAAUUACAAACUGGGAUUUUCCACUCGUAAAAACACAUCACGUACAGUAUUGUAAGCGACACCUAGUGAAAUUAAAAUCGAUGUAAUUAUAGGGCCCUACAAAGCUGAGAACGCCGGGAGUGCUGCAGUGAUCCACCUGUGGUAUCUGCCCUCCUUUUGUCUUCAGUGGUUGUUACAUAUUAAGCAGCAAAAAUUUUAUACGUCACUUGUUAUGGUGCUAUGUAGGUGUCUGUAGUCUUAAGUACAUGUCAGGAAUGUGAUGAUGUCAUUGUGUUGGAACUUGAUCAACAUUGCUUUUGCAGCAGGGAUAUUCUGAUUCUACAUGCUGAGCUUUGUUUUUCAAGCUGAAGAACAGAUGACUGUAUUGAAAUAUCAUGUUUUCUAAUACAGACAUCUUUACUGUGCUAUUUGAAGGGUAUUUAAUGAGAUGAAAAAUUACUGUAUGGGUGAUGAAAUAUUAAUCAGCCUUUAAUUAUAUAACAACAGGAAGAUUUUUUUUUCUAAAGCAGUAUUUGCGGUUACCAAUAAAAUGACUUUCUGAACCAGCAUAAUGAUAACAGGUAUAAUUUCCCUACUGAAAAAAAUUAUUGUAUUUCUUUCCCGUGAUAAUGGAUUGUUAAAAAAAAAAAGACAAGCAAAAAAAAAAAAAUAAGCUUUUUAAUUUUUUUGUGCAAGGGAAAAUUUUGCUAAAGGUAGGAAGAGGUUCAGUGCAGCAAAAUUCAAACAAAAUUGUGGAACUUUAGCUGCAGCUUUUUCAUUGAUGCUGAUGCUUGUUUACAAAAUAAACCAUAUAGGAUUUAUAGGAAAGUACUGUUUUAUACUUGUUUUCAACUUCAGCUACAGUGUAUUGGUGAUUAUUGCAAACAAAAUGGACCACUAAAUAAAUCAGAACUUUGAAA